AUGGAUGUCAACGAACACAAGAAAUGGAUGCAAGAAGCUAUGGCGAUGGCAGAAGAGGCACUGGAGGCUGGAGAGGUGCCAGUUGGUUGCGUCUUUGUAAGAGAUGGUGCAAUCAUAGCUAAAGCCAGGAAUCGCACGAACGAACUACGCAAUGCAACAAGACAUGCAGAACUAGAGGCUAUCGAUAGCAUUCUUUCCGACAAAAACCUCACCCCAGAAAUAAAGCAAUACCCACUAUCUGCGACAAAACUCUACGUUACGGUCGAGCCCUGCAUCAUGUGCGCCUCCGCUCUGAGGCAAAUGGGAAUCAAAGAAGUGUAUUACGGGUGUGCCAAUGAUAGAUUCGGGGGAUGUGGUAGUGUCUUGGGUGUCAAUGAAAAACUUCCUCAUCCUUUUCAUCCCGGUUAUUCUGCCCAGGGUGGGUUUUGUCGCGAAGAAGCCAUCAUGGUUUUGCGUCGGUUCUAUAUCACGGAGAAUGUCAAUGGUAUUUUCACACAAAGUUCAGAAAUAAUGUUGUCCAUUACACUCAUCCCCUCGAUUCCAGCUCCCAUCCCAAAAUCCAAAGCUAAUCGCGUCCUCAAAACCGAAAUUGUUCCUGUCACACUGCCGCAUUAG